AUGUGGCAGCUCCCGCAGGCCACGCUGCAGCAGGCGGCGAAGUACAAGGUCGUUUUCGUCCUCGGCGGGCCUGGUUCGGGGAAGGGCACGCAGUGCAACAUGCUGCUGCAGGAGGAGGCUCAGGAGGGGGACAGGAGCGUGGUGCACCUGUCCGCGGGCGAGCUGCUGCGCGCGCUCGUGCGCGGGGGCUCCGAGGAGGGCGAGAUGGUCAAGGCCAUCACCAGCCGCGGCCACAUCGUGCCCUCCUACAUCACGGUCAACCUCAUGGUCCAGGCGAUGUGCGAGCAGCCCGCGGGCACGCUGUUCGUGAUCGACGGCUACCCGCGCAACGACGACAACCGGUCGAGCUGGCACUCCUUGGGCCUCGACUGCGAGGCCGUCGUGUUCCUCGACUGCUCGGAGGACGUGCUCGUGACGCGCCUGCUCGGAAGGGACGAGGGCCGCGCGGACGACCGCGACGAGACCGUGAUCCGCGAGCGCAUCCGCGUCUUCAACGAGGAGACCAUGCCGCAGGUGCUGCAUUACGAGGCGCAGGGGAAGCUCCGCCGCGUGCCCGCCAACGGCACCGUCGAGGAAGUGUUCGCCGGCUUCCGGGAAGCGCUCGGCCUGUGA